AUGGACCCUCGUCCGAUUCCUCCCCAGCGCGACUCGUGGUUUGCGCCGCUCUCGAUUGACCUUCUCGUCAAGGUCCUCAAGACUACUUUCUUCCAUCCCUUCGUGGCAUGGAUUAUCCCGUUAUGCUUCCGCGCCCAAAACCUGCCAUGGGACGCGCCCAAAACGCUGGCCGCGAUUGUCUGGGCUUCUUUCAUUAGCCUGUGCUGGGUGGCCAAUGUCGUCAACCAGCGGAUCGCCUAUGGACUGCCGCGUGAGGUUGACCUGAGUGAAGAAGUCAUCGUCAUCACCGGCGGGGCCAGCGGGCUGGGCCUGCUGAUUGCUGAAGUGUAUGGCAUGCGCGGAGCUACUGUCGCCGUGCUGGACGUCGAGGAGAUGGAGAAUGGUGAGGCUAGGGGCGUCACUUACUAUAAGUGUGAUGUGACAGACAAGGAGCAAGUCGCCAAGGUCGCUGCGCAGAUUGAGCGUGAUCUCGGCACUCCCACAGUCCUGAUCAACAACGCCGCCAUCGUGAUUGGCAAGUCCCUGCUGUCUAUGAGCUUCGACGAGGUCGAGAAGUCACUCUUCACCAACCUCAUCAGCCACUUCUACACGCUCAAGACCUUCCUCCCCGCGCUGGCACGCAACGAGAACGGCGGCACGAUCGUAACCAUCUCCUCAGUCAUUGGCCACCUGGGCGCCGCGCGCUUGACCGACUACGCCGCUGCCAAGGCCGGCAUCACUGCGCUGCACAAAUCUUUGACCGCCGAGCUGGCACAGACGCAUCCCAACAUCCGCACCGUGCUGGUGACCCCUGGCCAGCUGAGCACGCCACUUUUCUACGGAGUGCAGACUCCCAAUGCGUUCCUGGCUCCUGUCGUCGAGCCGGUCGAUGUGGCCAAGGAGAUCAUUGCUGCCAUCGAUGGUGGGCGCAGCGCCAGCGUUAGUAUGCCGCUGUACGCGCGGUGGGUUGAUUGGUAUAAUGUGCUGCCAGCGAGCCUGCAGAGGAUUGCAAGAAGGUUGUCGGGUAUUGAUACGGCUAUGAAGACAUUUGUGGGGAGGAAUGGAUUUAAGUUGCAAAAGGAGAAGAAGGAGGUGGCUAUCCAGGCAUUUUGA